GCUCAUUGAAGUUGCACGUAAGGCACAAUCAUAUGUCGAAUUACGUCAAGUGGGCGUUAUACACCUGAUUUAUACAUAUGAUGUAAUCAAUGAAUCAAUAGAAUAUAAAGCAAUUGUUCAAAAAAUUUGGAACUCUGAGGUGUCCAAUAUACCAGCUAUGAAAGAAAUACCAAGUAUAGGCGCUAGUAGUGCUAAGGUUUCUGUUUUGGGCCCUGUUGUGGGUGAAGCCAUUGCUCGUCUACUUUUGGAUUCAAAACCAGAGGAAGAAAUUGAAGUUGCAGCGGGUCGUAUAAAGUUCGUAGAUUUUUCCACCAGUAAUCAACAGUGA